AUGACGCAUCCUGGCACAACAGAACAAGCUGAAGGAUGUCAUGUUGUCGAUGAUAGCAGAUGCUUGGAAAAACUAGAAAUUCCCAAAGACACCCUUAUUAGGCACGCAUUAGCCAGUGAAUUCUCAAACGUGUGCCGGAAUCCGGUAGACGGGAUAUUCGUGUCACCGAGCGCCUUGAAUCCAUUUCAGUGGUUCGGAGUCGUCUUUAUAAGGAAAGGGAUUUUCGGUGGAGGCAUUUUUCGAUUCACAUUUGACAUUCCAAGUGAUUUUCCCGAAACUUCUGAACUCCCUACGGUUACCUUCGAUAAUGCUCUCUUCCAUCCACUCAUCGAUUUGAAAACUCGACAAUUGGACCUGAGUCGCUCAUUUCCAGAUGGAUGGAAACGCGAAAAGCAUAAUCUUCUACGGGUAUUGAUUGUUGUACAACGAAUUUUUUUCUCCUACGAGUUUGACUGUGAUAAAUGUAUAAAUCCAGAAGCUGCAAUAUUGUACAAAGAGCAUAAGGAAAAAUUUAAAGAAAUGGCCAAGGAUGUGGUGGAGACGAGCCGCGCCCAAGUCUAUGAUGAUCCCAAGAAUAAUGACGAUCCGAACUCGAUAAGAUUUACACCUUGGGACGCUUCAGUGCACGAGGCAUUGAGAGAGCAAAUCAUGCUUUUGGGUAGCGGUCAACGACCAACGAGCAUAACCAACUCGGAGGCGUCGCCGAAAACGCGAAUCCCAAAUUUGACGGGCUCGGAAUAUCGACGAGAGCGCGACUUGCGCGAGCGUGGAAUUGCCGCCUCUGAGCUGGUUGGCAAACAUUUUCCGAGAACAUAUUCAUGGUUUGAUCCGGAUGCGAUGACCGUUCUUACUCGACCCGUUGAGAAUGAUGAGGUAAUGAUUGGUGGCUCUGAUGUGAACAGUGCGAGACUCGAUCGUGAGAAGCAUGGGAUCGAGCCGCUCGAUCUCAGCGCGAUAUCCGUUAAUAACUCGGCGGAUAAUAGUCCGAGAGAUGAGCAAAAAGUUGGCGAAACAGCCGGCGAAAACGAGCCAACUGAAAAUGCGGAAAGCGUUAUCUGA